AUGGUAAGACUGAAGAAGUCAGCCCCUACUCGUUCAAAGCUAGAGAAUGUGACAAAAGAAAAAGAGAGCGUAACUCAAGAGUUAUCUCAGGUGAAGAAAAAAUUGGAUGGUAUGACUCAAGAUAUAGUUGAGAUGAAGAAAACAUUGGUGGAUAUGCAGAAAGAGAGACAGUAUACUCAAAAUCUCUCAUCACCAACAGUCGCUAAAUCUACUCAGGCAUCGUCGCCGGAUAUUAUAUAUAUCGGUAAGAGAUACGACUUGCUUGGUUUUGGAAAAUGUGGUGUAGUUGCUCGUGGUGAAGUACACGAAGUUAAUCCAAAUGCAACUGUCCAUUGUGAGCCGUUGGAGGAUGGAGCUUUUGUUGUUGUCCUGACUGAGGUUAUACAACCUCAUGCUCCUUUGUGGAAAGAAGAUGGGUUCGCAUCUACACUUGGAGAGGCCGGUCCAGAAUCAUUUGUGCAAUGGGGGAAAGAGGCUUUGAGAAUUCAAUAAUUUGAACAAAUUUGGUAUUGUAUAAUUGAACAUGUGUUGUGUGCAUUUUGAACUAAUUUUGAACUAAUUUGGCACCUAUUUUUUUAUUUUUUUAAAUAUUGAAUGAAUUUUGUACUCUAUAUUUGAACGUAUUUAUAGUCUUAGGCUCUAUUUGGUCAUCACAUUAGUAUUUAUGAAAAUAUUUUUUUUUAAAAAACCAAAUGGAGCCUAAGCCCUUUUUUAACUCCACCAAUGCAACUCCUUGCAUUGCCGGUCCCAAGCCCGGGUAAAGGAGGAGGGAGAAGGGCUUUAGAAUGAAUCGUCAACUAUGGAGGAGAUCCUGAAAAUACAGUGAGUAUCUCUGGUUUUAUGGUUUUACUUGUACAUUCCUGUAUUGAUUAUUCAAGCAUGACGGUUAUGCGUAUUCUUUCAGGUGGAUGUUGCAUGUGGGAGGGUUGGAGCUGCAUAUUUCAGAUUCAAGCAUUUGAUACGUCUCUUGUCAAGAAUGCACAUGUGUAGUUCAUCAAACAAUACAUUAUGUGAUAUCGUGUGCAUGAUAUCUAUGUUGUAAUUUCCCUCGUGUAUUUUGCUUAAAAUCCAUGUUUAUGCAUGAUUCUCAUGCAUUGACAUGGAUUUGGGCCAAAAAAGAUCGAAAUGGAAAAUUUGAGAAAACAGGAG